AUGAAACUAACUUCUGCCUGGACUUUGGCUGCUUUGGCUGGUUUGGCGUCUGCUGAAAAGUUUGUUAAAUUAUCCUUUGAUAAGUCAGUUGGAUCUUCAUAUAGUGAAUCGUCCAAGAAUCCAUUACAAAAAAGAGAUUUCGCUUCAGAUCACGGCUAUGCAGAAUUUGACUUAACUAAUCAACAAACAUUUUAUUCUGUGAAUUUAAGAAUUGGUACACCAUCACAAGAAGUUACUGUUUUGGUCGAUACAGGUUCUUCAGAUUUAUGGGUGAUGGGUUCUAAUAAUUAUUUUUGUAGUUCAAAUAUGAAUAAUUUCAGAGAACUAGUUAAAAAGGAGAAAAGAGACGAGGUUACCACUGUUAGAAUUACAUUAUCUCCAGAAAACGUUAAUGGUGGUGGUGACGAUAACCCAUUUCAAUGGCUUUCUGAAAUUUUACCACAAAUUGGUGGAUUUGGUACUGCUACUCAAACUGUCGGCGUGGGUGGUGGUGCUUUUGCUACUGGUACCUCUUCUGGUGCUAUUGAUUGUUCCCAAUAUGGUACAUUUAAUGAGUCAGAAUCUUCUACGUUUAAAUCUAAUCAUACAGGAUUUGAAAUCUCAUAUGGUGAUAACAGUUAUGCGUCAGGUGUUUGGGGUACUGAUACUUUACAUAUUGGAUCGGUAAAUGUUAGUCAUGUCUCCAUUGCUGUAGCUAACUACACAAAUUCAACCAUCGGUGUGUUGGGUAUUGGUCUUCAAGGCUUAGAGACAACUUAUUCUGGUGGUGGUUUCUCUAAUUCUUAUGAAUACGCUAAUUUCCCAAUCGUCUUAAAAGAUAAUGGUAUUAUUGAACGUGUUGCAUAUUCAUUAUAUUUGGAUGAACCAGAUGCAUCAACUGGAAGUAUUUUGUUUGGUGGUAUAGACCAUUCUAAGUAUAAAAAUGGCCUUUACACUGUACCUUUAGUUAAUAUUUAUUCACAACAGGGUAUUAGGAAACCUAUUGAAUUUGAUGUUACUUUUUACGGUAUUGGAAUUCAAACAGAGUCAAAAAAUAUCACCAUUGCUCAAACUUCCAUUCCAGCGUUAUUAGACUCUGGUACUACAAUUUCAUACUUCCCACCAUCUUUACUAAAAUUGAUUACUGCACAAUUAGAUGCCACAUACAGUUCAUCCUUAGGUUAUUAUACCAUGGACUGUGUUUCUGAAGAUGACCCCACUCUAUUAGUUUUUGAUUUUGGUGGAUUUCACAUUACCUCACCUUUAGCAGACUUCCAAUCUCAAGUUAGUAGGUCUAAAUGUUUGUUGAUGAUGGCCGCUCAAGCUGAUAGAAUAAUAUUGGGUGAUGUUUUUUUACAACAUGCUUAUGUUGUUUAUGAUUUGGAAAAUUUGGAGAUUUCAAUGGGUCAAGCCAAUUUCAAAAAUUCUUCAAGUACUGACAGCAUAGAGAGUAUUGGUACUACAGUCCCAAGUGCUGUAAAAGCGCCUUUGUAUUCUUCCACUUGGGUCAGUACUAAUAUGAUUAGCGCUGGUGGUAAUAUUUUCACCAAUGUAGUGAAUGUUGGUACAAAUAAUGGUAAUUCUACAAUUUCUUCUGUUGCUAAGGGUUCUACUAGUAAAGGUAAGACUUUUACUGCUACUACUACUCGUUCUCAAUCUACCUCUACAACCUCAUCAGAUGAAAAAAAAAAGAAUAUUGCGCCUGUACCAUACUCCAUUAACUCUAUUGCUAUCUAUUCAUUCGUUCUUUUCAUAGCAUAUUUGAUCUGA